AUGUCUACCACGGAAGCACUCGCUUUUCCUGAACUUGUUGAGAUCCUGCCAGCUGGCAGUUCUGUCAAAGGCAGAAUGACCACUCACUGGCCCGAGGGAAAGGGCCAGCCGGGUGAAAAAAUGCGCACAGAGUUGUUCAUGGUGGAACCCGUGCUCUUUACCGCAGAGCAGACACCUGAUUUGUAUGAGGACGGACUUGCCCUCCUAAUGGUAUCAAAGGCCGAGGACGGCCAACAAAUUCUGCACUGGAUUGUAGAAGACCUUUCACUCAGCGACAGCUAUGUGGCCGUGGAAAGAGGCCGCACCUUGGUGCGGUACAUACCACCGAGCGCGACCAUGAGGAUGCCCCAAUCGUCGUGUUAUGACCUCUCUCGGGUCGGAUUCAAAACUACAGAAUUCGUUGCCGCCCUUGGAAAGGUGAUUGCUGCUUCUGUUAUUUAUCUCCAGAAGGACAACUAA